AUGGCGUGUCCGGAUGGAGAGAAGGUUGUCUAUGCGACAUUCAUGCUCGUGGGUGAGGCAAAACACUGGUGGAGGAUCGCUCGCCAACAAUUGGUAACUGAUGCGACUGCUAUCGAUUGGCCGACUUUUCGGCGUAGAUUCCUUGAGAAGUAUUUUCCUGAGGAUCUUAGGAGAAGGAAGGAGCUGGAAUUUUUUAAUUUGAAGCAAGGAAAUAUGAGUGUAGGAGAAUAUGCAGCCAAGUUUGAUGAGUUGUCGAGGUAUUGUUCUUACUUUUCUCAUGCUGAUGAUCGAGCUAGGUGCUCCAAGUUCGAGAGUGGACUUCAACCUGACAUCAAGCAAGCAAUUGGCUACCAAUAG